CUGGCGACUAUUGACCACCGACUGCCAUCAGCUGGGCGAUUGUUAAAAACGCGAGGCCGCUUUAUAAAACACAAUGUCUUUUAGUAAUUUAUUAAUGAAAAGAAGCAUAGGUGGCGGUUUGCGUGUCACACAAUUCACGGUGCUAUUGAUGUUCAAUGCCAGCACGCGCAACGGACACACGCUGCGUGGCAAGCCGCCCGGUGUGGCACGAACGCUCGAGCAGCGUUUGCGAGAUGAGAACGUCAGCGAUCCCGAACUGAAGGCACGCAUCAACAUUGGCUUUCCGCAGCUGAAAGCAUCGCGUUCGGCUCAGUUAAAGGCGCGCCUCGAUCACCUGCGAGCACAGCGUGUCAGCAAGGAGCUGGAGCAGCUGGCGCGAAGCAACAACUUGCUCAUCGAUUUGGACAAGGUGCAGGAUUCAUAUGUGCAGACAACGGGUCAACAUGAUCUUCGCCUGCUGGCGGAUCAUUAUGGCAUCUUUGAGCAUCUGUUUUGUAGCGCCUACUUUGUGCCCCGUGUCCCGCUAAGCAUACAUUAUGAGCUGGACGCGAAUACCAUCAGUCCCGUCCACAAUGGUAAUGUGAUUAAGCCCGCAGAGGCGGCCAAAGUGCCUAUGAUCAGUUUCGAUGGCCAAAUGGAUCCCAUUACUGGGAAGACAUCACAGGGCGACAGCUACUGGACCCUGCUGGCCACCAAUCCCGAUGCACACUACACAAAUCAUGCAGCCGAGUGCCUGCAUUGGUUCAUCGCCAAUAUACCCAAUGGGAAGAUCAGCGAUGGAGAAGUGCUGGCCGACUAUCUGCCACCGUUUCCGCCCAGAGGUUUGGGUUAUCAGCGGAUGGUCUUUGUGCUGUAUAAACAGUGGUCUCGCCUUGAUAUGACUGAGUACAAGUUGGAUGCCAAGGACUACAGCAAUCUAGAGAAGCGUACCUUUAGAACACUGGACUUCUAUCGGCAUCAUCAGGAUAACCUGACACCAGCGGGACUGGCCUUCUAUCAAACCAACUGGGACGAGUCUCUCACACAAUUUUAUCAUCAUGUGUUGCAGAUCAAGGAGCCGGUGUUUGAGUACUACUUCCCGAGCCCGUAUUUGGCGGAUCAGAAAUUCUUUCCGCUCAAGCAGCCGUUCAAUCUGUAUAUGGACAAGCAUCGCGAUGCCAAACAGGUCAACAAGGAGUAUCUACAGCGCAAGUUAGCCAAAACGCAUCCGUUCCACGGAGCGCAGGCGCCGCUACGCUUCCCCAAUGCCCAUCCCUUGCGCGAUGUGCCCUCGUGGCUCAAAACAGAACUGCGCAAACGUCAACUGGGCACCGGGCGUGUACAGGACUAUUAAAUAAUAGUAUAAUAGUCAUUCUUCUCUCUUUUUGUUUUGUUGUAAUUUGGUAAGUUGCUUAACGGUCUUAACUCUGGAAGUACGUGGAAUUGAACCAAUAAAGUAGAGGUUGAGCUCCUCGACAAAGAAUAAAAUACCCGAGUA